UUAUUCGUAAAAAAGUUGAGAGAAGCAGCAAAAUCCAAUGAUACGAGAAAUAUACACACAUAUCAAAGUAAAAAAAGGCAGAUCACAGUGAUCCAUUCGCGUAAGGAUACAUGAGUAUUGUUGCAUUGUAGACAUGCGCGUUCCGACACUUGACGAACUUUGAUUUUUUUUGAGACCCAUACUCACAUCUGAAUGGUAUGUUGAUUGUGAUUUGAUUGUAUAAUCAACUAAAUAAAUAAAAAUGCAAACGGAAAAUGGAUGAGCUUAUCAUUAUGGUUUCAGAUUUUUCACAAUAGACCAACACGACUCGUAUAUUAUUUUUUGUUUGAUUAUGCUUCAUUCUUUGCUCAUUAAAAAAUGCAUGACUAAUAUCUAAUAGCCAAGAUUGCCAUGUUGGUCGUGAAUGAGUUACAUCAUUUGGACAUAUAUUGUUUUAAACACAACUCAACUCAUUUCUCAGCAAUCAAUACAUUGGAAUAUGAAUAAAUUGUUUGUUCAAGUUGUCCUGUUGAUUCCAUUGGUUGUUACUACGACGAAUGCAGCAGCAUCGACCACUCCUGUCAUUAUCGAUACAGACUGUGGUCAGUAUUCGGAUGAUGUUACGGCCAUGGCCAUUAUGCAUAGUUAUGCUGACCAAAAUAGAGCCCAUAUUCUGGCCAUUGUUGCCAACGAUCGAUACGAAGGAAUCGUCCCGGUAAUUGAAGCCAUUAAUCGCUAUUUCAAUCGCACCGACAUACAAAUCGGCGUGACAAAAGAUCCGAAUGCAUACGAUUCUGGUCGAAAUCUUACUUGGCCAGAUUUUGUCAUUCAAAAUUAUCCACAUCCAAUGUAUGGUCGAAAUGACCAAGCGGAAAAUGCCGUUUCAUUGUAUCGACGAAUGCUGGCCACAUCGGCCGACAACAGUGUAGUUAUUCUAUCCAUUGGUUUCUUCACCAAUCUUGCACAUUUACUUGAUUCCGAAAGCGAUGAAUACUCACCAUUAUCCGGUCGUCGAUUGAUCCAGACCAAAGUGAACAGAAUGAUUGCAAUGGCCGGUAACUUUCCCAAUGGCAGUGAAUGGAACAUUGAGAAACAAGUUCAAGCAUCACAACACGUCAUAAAUCUAUGGCCCACAUCGGUCAUAUUCACCGGUGCCGAAGUGGGCCAACAUUUGCAAUGUGGACAAAACAUUAUCAACGACACACGUCUAGCGAACAGUCCGAUCAGAGAGGCUUGGAUCAUUCAAAAAGAGCAAAACAUACCAGACGCAUGUUUCGAUGAAGUGGCUGCAUUCAUAUCCAUCAAUGGUGUCGAACCAUUCUACAAAUUGGCAUAUGGAACCAUGCAAAUAUCGUCGGAUGGAAAGAAUAUCUGGCACCAAUCACCGGAUAAUAAACCAACACGUCUGGCCUAUGUGAAACAGGUGGCCAGCGAUCAGCAAAUAUUGAAUGUAAUGGAUCCUUUAUUGCAACGAUAAAUCUCAGCACAUUCCAAUCAGAUCUGGCUUGACAUUGUUGCAUUCAUAACGUAAUUCUCGGAAACAUUUGCUCUUUCGAAUUCGAUGACCACAAUCGAUUUUUUUCAUUAAAAUCUGUUCCGAUUUGCAA